UGUUAUAAGGUGUUUAUGUUCUCUGUCUUUCCAGGUCUGAAUCCAGAGAGUGUAACUCGGUUGUUUUUCUCUCCAACAGUUUAUCAUGACAUUAACUCCAAGUUCAAGAGGACGACGCUCUGCAUGACUAAACAAAACGAAGGUUACGGUCUGCGCUGCCAUCGAGCCGUCAUCACUCUCUGCAAACUGAUCGGAAUGAAGGACCUGUACUGCAAGGUGGAAGGAUCCGUCAAUCUGCUCAACAUCACCAGGGCCUUCUUCACCGGAUUAGCCAAUCAGCAAAUCCACCAGAGUCUGGCGGACAAGAAGCAGCUGCACGUGGUGGAGUACCAGGCGCAGCGCGGCCCCCUGCCCGUGGUGGUGGCCAGCCCCAAAGAGGGGGCGAGGCCAGACCCGGAGCCCGUGGACGAGAUCCCCAACACCCGGCUGAACUGGGUCGACGUGCAGGCCGCGCAGGGCAUCAAACACUCAAAAUGGGCGGGGGUCAAACGUACUAUCUGGUAGUGAGGGGCAACUGGACUGAGGGUUGUCACAAUGUGUUGCUUUGCCAAGAAAAGCUGAAACGAAAAAUAGGAGCAUUUGUUCUCCAGAAAAAUAUCAGUUUAUGUUCCAAAUCUAUCAGAUGUGUUGUUUUGUCAUCCGAGGACAAAGGUUACUUGUUUCUCCAAAUGAAGACGUCACAUUUGAAAACAUAACUCUGCAGAUACUCCCAGAAAAGUCAAUAAGAAACGCUCAGAUCCUAGAUAUCAAUGUUUUCUUUUAUAACUGUAAAAUCAAUGUGCUUUCUCACCCUAAGACUUGUUGAAAAGACUUGUACUAAUAUAAUAAAGUAUGGAUCUGUGAAA